AUGAUUGCGUCAACGAGAUCGCUGACGCUCACCCACGGGUCGAUCGAGCAUAAAUUGUCCAUCCCCAACGUUUCCUUCUUUGCUGCCUCUCAAUUGCAGGAACAAUUCAAGAAAACUCUGCCAGAACCAACGGAGGAAUUCGCCGCUGAUGAUGAACCGUCAUCGUCUGCCGAGUUGUUGGGGAAGUUUUUAAGUUACAUCUCCUCACUGAUUACAGAAGGCACAAAGACUCAAUUCGACGAAGUGCUGGAUGUCUCGCUUUCAGAGUUCGAAAACAGCUACUUGCACGGUAACGACAUCCACACGCUCGCCGCCAACUUGCUGACGGAGGAUGGCUCGACCACUUUGUUGAAAGUGAAGGAACUAGUGAAAAACUACGUCACUGCAAGACACGUCGCAGGUAGGGGCAACAACAACGCAAGCAAACCGUCCGCUCUCUUCAAGUCCGUGGAGGAAAAAACCUCAGAAUUGGUCGCUAUCUUCGGUGGACAGGGGAACACAGACGACUACUUCGAGGAAUUGAGGGAAAUAUACGACAUAUAUAACGUCCUGAGCAGCGACAUUAUCCAGUUCGCUUCAGAGACGCUGACCGAUCUCAUCAGGUCCACCGCGGGUGCGGAGAAGAUCUUCACCCAAGGGUUUGACCUCCUGGAGUGGCUGCAGAGCCCAGCAAAGACUCCAGACCAGGAUUACUUACUUUCCAUCCCCAUAUCUUGCCCCCUGAUCGGCGUCAUCCAACUGACGCAUUACGCGAUCACCGCUAGGUUGCUAGGGUUCACUCCAGGUGAGUUGAGACAACACUUCAAGGGCGCCACGGGCCACUCACAAGGUCUCGUCACCGCGAUCGCGGUCGCUGAGGCGGACUCCUGGGAUUCCUUCUUCAAGAUCAUCAAGAAGUCAAUCGCAUUGCUCUUCUUCAUCGGUGUCCGCUGCUACUUGACUUACCCAAACACAUCGCUGCCACCAUCCAUCGUCGAGGAUUCCUUGGAGAACGGUGAAGGUGCUCCAUACCCAAUGCUGACAAUAUCCAACUUGACCAAAGAACAGGUCCAAAGUUUCAUUGACCAAACAAACUCCCAUCUGCCAGAGGACAAACACGUCGGGAUCUCGUUGGUGAACGGCGCGAAGAACUUGGUCGUCUCGGGCCCACCUCAAUCCCUGUACGGUCUUAACCUCGUGCUCAGAAAGGCUAAGGCCCCCUCAGGUUUGGACCAGUCCAGAAUCCCCUUCAGCGAGAGGAAGUUGAAGUUUUCAAACAGAUUCUUGCCCAUUACGUCCCCCUUUCACUCGCAUUUGCUGAUCCCUGCAAGCAAAGACAUCUUGAAAGACUUGGCUAACCGCAAGAUCGUGUUCGCACAGAAGGACAUCAAGAUCCCAGUGUACGACACCUUCGACGGGAAGGACCUGAGAGACUACGCGGGGGACCUCAACGACAGGAUCGUCGACAGCAUUGUUAGACUGCCUGUCAACUGGGAGACCGCCACUCAGUUUACAACUUCGCACAUCUUGGAUUUCGGUCCAGGUGGCGCAUCUGGGCUCGGUGUCUUGACCCACCGUAACAAGGACGGGACUGGUGUCCGUAUCAUUGUUGUCGGUACUUUGGACAUCAACCCAGAUGACGACUACGGUUUCAAACAGGAGAUCUUCGACGUCAACCCUGAGGGCUUGAAGAGGAACCCAGACUGGUUGAAGGAAUUCCAUCCUAGACUGAUCAAAAACAAGUCCGGGAAGAUCUUUGUCGACACGAAGUUUUCAAAACUGUUGGGUAGAGCUCCAUUGCUUGUCCCAGGUAUGACUCCUACCACUGUCUCCCCAGACUUUGUCGCUGCUACCAUCAACGCCGGGUACCAGAUCGAACUUGCCGGUGGUGGGUACUUCUCCCCCGAUGGGAUGGCGAAGGCCAUCGAUCAGAUCGUCAGCCAGGUCAAGAAGGGGUACAGUUUUGGUAUCAACCUGAUUUACGUCAACCCAAGAAUGAUGCAGUGGGCCAUCCCACUGAUCAAGGAGUUGAGAGGCAAGGGCUACCCAAUCCAGUCGCUAACCAUUGGUGCCGGUGUCCCAUCCAUCGAAGUAGCGAGUGAGUACAUUGAAACUCUAGGCCUGACCCAUUUGGGAUUGAAGCCAGGUUCCAUCAGCUCCAUUUCGCAAGUCAUCAACAUCGCAAAGGCUCAUCCAAACUUCCCAAUCGUAUUGCAAUGGACUGGUGGUAGAGCCGGUGGUCAUCACUCGUUUGAAGAUGCUCACGCACCAAUGAUCCAGAUGUACUCCAAGAUCAGAAGACAGUCUAACAUCAUACUGAUCGCAGGUUCUGGGUUCGGUUCCGCCGAGGACACCUACCCAUACCUGACCGGUGAAUGGUCAAAGGAGUACAACUACCCUCCUAUGCCAUUUGACGGGUUCUUGUUUGGUUCAAGAGUCAUGAUCGCCAAGGAGGCCAAAACCUCCAGAGACGCGAAGAAGGCCAUUGUCGAAUGCCCAGGUAUCGUUGACGGCCAAUGGGAAAACACUUACAAGAAACCAACUGGUGGGAUCGUCACGGUGCGUUCCGAAAUGGGUGAACCAAUUCACAAGAUCGCCACUCGUUGCGUCAUCUUCUGGAAGGAAAUGGACGAGACUAUCUUCAACCUUCCAAAGAACAAACUGCAACCUGCUUUAGAUGCUAAGAAGGAAUACAUCAUCAAGAAGUUGAACGCUGACACACAAAAGCCUUGGUUUGCGACCGUCAACGGGGAAAUCCGUGAUUUGCCAGCCAUGACUUACGAGGAGGUUGCCCAAAGACUGGUCGAUUUGAUGUUCAUCAAAAGCACCAAAUCCUGGAUUGACGUCACUUUGAGAAACUUCACUGGUGACUUCUUGCGUCGUGUGGAGGAACGUUUCACGAAUGCAAAGACCACCUCUGUCCUUCAAUCCUACACCAUGCUAGACAAACCAGAGGAGGCCUUGGAGGCUGUUUUCACCGCUUUCCCAGCUGCUAAGGAACAAUACUUGAACGCUCAAGACGUAGACCACUUCCUGAACAUGUGUCAAAAUCCAGUGCAGAAACCUGUUCCAUUCGUGCCUGUUCUUGACCACAGAUUCGAGUUCUUCUUCAAGAAGGAUUCGUUGUGGCAAUCCGAACAUUUGGAGGCUGUUGUCGACCAGGAUGUCCAGAGAACAUGUAUUUUGCACGGUCCAGUUGCCGCGCAGUACACCAAGGUCAUCGAUGAACCAAUCAAGAGUAUCAUGGAUGGCAUCCACGACGGUCACAUCAGCAAGUUGUUGAAGGACUAUUACGGUGGAGACGAAUCAAAGAUCCCAGUGGUUGAAUACUUCGGUGGCGAAGAGCCAGUUGCCUCUACAGUCAAAUCUACUGAGUCCAAACUUAUCUACAAGGCUCACACUAACAGUGAUCCAGAAGCUUGGUUCAAGUUAUUGGCUGGUUCCCAAAAGGACUGGAGAUACGCCUUCUUCACCAGCAAUAAAUUCGUUCAAGAUAGCUUUUACACUGCAAAUGCUGCUCAAAAGGUGUUCAAACCUUGUCAUCGCAUGAUUGUUGAAAUCGAGAAUCCAACUGAUUCAGCGAAGACCGUUGUUACUUUGACCGAAUCUGUUCAGGGUGAGCAAAAGGUUACUGCUACUUUGAAACUAGUCAAGAACAACUUGAUCCAAUUGGAACUAAUUGAAAACAGAACCACGGACGGUAAGCCAGUUGCCCUUCCAUUGCUCUAUGUUUACCAACCGGAGGACGGUUUUGCCCCAAUCGCUGAAGUUAUGGAAGACCGUAACCAGAGAAUCAAGGAAAUGUACUGGAAGUUGUGGAUCGAUGAGCCUUUCAACUUGAAGUUCGACCCAAGACAUGUCAUCAAGGGUGGAGACUACAAAAUUACCGCGAGCGCUAUCACUGACUUCACCCACGCCAUUGGCAAUAACUGUGAGGACUUCGUUGCAAGAUCUGGUAGAAAGAUCCUUGCACCAAUGGAUUUCGCUAUCGUUGUUGGUUGGAGAGCAAUCAUCAAGGCUAUCUUCCCUGACACUGUUGAUGGUGAUCUAUUGAAGCUGGUGCAUUUGUCUAACGGGUACAAGAUGGUUCCAGGUGCUUCUCCUUUGAAAGAAGGGGACGUUAUCCAGACUUCCGCUAUUGUCAAGUCCGUUGUCAACCAACCAACAGGUAAGGUUGUCGAAGUUAUUGGUACCUUGUCUAGAGACGGUAAGCCUGUCAUGGAAGUGAUCUCAUCUUUCUUUUACAGAGGUAAAUACACCGACUUUGAGAACACUUUCCAAAAGACCACCGAACCAGUUUACCAAAUGUUCAUCAAAUCUGCUAAGGACGUCGCUGUUUUGCGUUCAAAGGAAUGGUUUCAAAUGGAUGACGAGGAAAUUGAUCUAUUGGGUAAAACUUUGAUCUUCGAGACCGAAACCGAAGUUGCCUUCAAGAACGCCAACGUCUUCUCAUCAGUGGAAUGCUCUGGUCCGAUUAAGAUGGAGUUGCCAACUAAGGAAACCGUUGAAAUUGGUGUUGUAGACUACAGCGCUGGUGAGUCCUACGGUAAUCCUGUCGUUGACUUUUUGAAGAGAAACGGUUCCACUUUAGAAGAAAAGGUUAAUUUGGAAAAUGUUAUCCCAAUUGCUGUUGUUGACACCCAAUCUCCAAGCACUAACGAACCAUACGGGCGCAUUUCCGGUGAUUUAAAUCCAAUUCACGUUUCUCGUCACUUUGCCAAUUACGCUGACUUGCCAGGUACCAUUACUCAUGGUAUGUACUCGUCGGCUGCUGUUCGUGGUUUGAUCGAAAACUGGGCUGCCGAUAGUGUCUCAUCCAGAGUUCGUGGCUACACUUGUCAGUUCACAAACAUGGUUCUUCCAAACACUCCAUUGAAGACAAGUAUCCAACAUGUUGGUAUGAUCAAUGGUAGAAAAUUGAUGAGAUUCGAAACCAGGAACGACAAUGAUGAGGUUGUCAUGAAUGGGGAGGCUGAGAUUGAACAACCAGUUUCCACCUUUGUCUUCACUGGCCAAGGUUCUCAGGAACAGGGUAUGGGUAUGGACUUGUAUAAGACGUCGGCCGCUGCCAGAGAUGUCUGGGACAGAGCUGAUGUCCACUUCAAGAAGACCUAUGGUUUCUCCAUUUUGGACAUCGUUAUAAACAAUCCAAAGAAGCUAACAAUCUACUUUGGUGGUGAAAAGGGUAGACAGAUUAGAAAUAACUACAUCCAAAUGAUCUUCGAGACCAUCGUUGAUGGUGAGAUUAAGACCGAGAGAAUUUUCAAGGAUAUCGAUGAAACGACACACUCGUUUACCUUCAAGUCGCCAACAGGGCUGUUAUCUGCUACUCAAUUCACUCAACCAGCUUUGACUUUGAUGGAAAAGGCUGCUUUUGAAGAUUUGAAGGCCAAAUGUUUGAUUCCAGUCGAUGCAGCCUUUGCCGGUCACUCUUUAGGUGAAUAUGCCGCUUUGGCGUCGUUGGCUGAAAUUAUGUCGAUUGAAUCUCUUGUCGAGGUUGUCUUCUACAGAGGUAUGACGAUGCAAGUCGCUGUCCCCAGAGAUGAAUUAGGCAGGUCGAACUACGGUAUGAUUGCAAUCAACCCUGGUAGAGUUUCUCCAACAUUUACUCAGGAGGCUUUGCAAUUUGUUGUUGAGAAGGUUGCCAAGAGAACCGAAUGGUUAGUGGAGAUUGUCAACUUUAACGUUGAAAAUCAACAGUACGUUGCUGCCGGUGAUCUGAGAGGGUUGGACACAUUGACCAACGUCUUGAAUUUCGUUAAGAUCCAAAAGAUCGAUAUCGUGAAGUUGUUGGAAACUAUGUCAUUGGAAGAGGUCGAAUCCAAUUUAUUUGAAAUUGUUGAUGAGAUUUCAAAGAAAUCUCUUGCCAAGGAACAGCCAAUCGAACUAGAAAGAGGUUUUGCUUGUAUCCCACUGCGUGGUAUCUCUGUCCCAUUCCACUCUUCGUACUUGAGAAACGGUGUGAAACCAUUCAAGAACUUCAUUGAGAAGAACAUAUUUAAGGAGAAUGUCAAGGUUGACAGAUUAGCUAACAAGUACAUUCCAAACUUGACAGCUAAGCCCUUCGAGGUUACCAAAGAAUACUUCCAAAACGUGUAUGAACUAACUGGUUCUGAGCGUGUGAAGAACAUUUUGGACAACUGGGAAUCUUACGAACAGAAAUGA